AAAUAGAAUUAAAAUCCACGAUUUUGUUCACGAGUCACUAGUGGUUAAAUGAACCAUUUUUAUAAAUGAACCUAGAAAGGUGUCUGUGAAUGCCAAAUCGGAGAAGUGGAAGAGAAAAUUGUAAAGUUUUCGCUUAAAAUCGCACAGAAGCAUCGAGUUGGCUGAUACACUGCAUCGACCGGUACUCGUACCAACGUUUAAUCAAUAAAUAUAUAGCAAAAUAGUGAAAUGAAUGUUCCUCCUAGCGCCGCUGGAAAUGCGACAGCGGGCUACCCGCCGGCAAUUGUGCCCCCGCAAAUGCAAUUCAACGUGCCGCCGCCGUUUGCACAUGGACACGCACCACCACCACCCGAAUUGGCGGUUGCUUUUGGUGGUAUUCCCCCAUCCACUGAAUGGACGGAGCACAAGGCGCCGGAUGGACGACCAUAUUACUACAAUCAAAAUACAAAGCAAAGUUCGUGGGAAAAACCCGAAGCAUUAAUGACGCCCGCCGAGCUGCUGCACAAUCAGUGUCCAUGGAAGGAAUAUCGCUCGGAUACGGGCAAGGUAUAUUAUCAUAAUGUAACCACCAAGGAAACAUGCUGGGAGCCACCACCAGAGUAUGUGGAUAUGAAGGCAAAGGCCAAGGCAGAGGAAGCUGCUGCAGCUGCGAAAGCUGUGGCCGCUAUGACCUCAUCUAGCUUAGCGGGUAUGGUGCCCCAUGCAGCUUUAGCCAAUAUCCUACCCGCCGCGCUGCCUGCAGCCCCUAGAAUAGCCACACCUGAAAUACACUCGCCUCUGACGCCGAGCAGCAAUGAAAAUUCAUCCUCAGCGCUGGAUCAAGCCAUGGCUGCAACGUUAGCCGCUAUUGAGGUACCGCAACAAAAUUCUAAAAAAGAAGACAACAAAUCGCCAGAUGCCGGAUCAAUUGUAUUUAAAGAUAAACGCGAGGCUAUCGAAGCCUUCAAAGAUCUGCUGCGCGAACGGAAUGUGCCAUCGAAUGCCAACUGGGACCAAUGCGUUAAAAUCAUAUCGAAAGAUCCACGCUACACAGCGUUUAAGAACCUCAAUGAGCGGAAACAAACAUUUAAUGCAUACAAAACACAAAAGCUCAAGGAUGAGCGCGAAGAGUCGCGUCUUCGUGCCAAGAAAGCCAAGGAGGAUUUGGAGCAAUUUCUCAUGUCCAGCGAUAAGAUGAACUCCCAAAUGAAAUAUUUUCGUUGCGAGGAGGUAUUUGCGACUAAUCGAAUUUGGACUACUGUCCCAGAGCAGGAUCGACGUGACAUUUACGAGGAUUGUAUAUUUAAUUUGGCCAAACGGGAAAAAGAGGAAGCGCGUAUUUUGAAAAAACGAAAUAUGAAAGUGCUAGGUGAACUUUUGGAGUCAAUGACAUCCAUUAUGCAUGGUACAACUUGGUCUGAGGCGCAGGUUAUGCUCCUCGAUAAUGCCGCCUUCAAAAACGAUGUUACCCUGCUGGGUAUGGACAAGGAGGAUGCGUUAAUUGUAUUCGAAGAACACAUACGAACUCUUGAAAAGGAAGAGGAGGAGGAACGAGAGCGUGAAAAGAAGCGACUAAAGCGGCAACAACGCAAAAAUCGCGAUUCCUUCUUGGCUCUGCUUGACUCGCUGCAUGAAGAAGGCAAGCUCACUUCCAUGUCCUUGUGGGUGGAACUGUACCCAAUUAUAUCUGCUGAUUUGCGUUUCUCAGCCAUGCUUGGACAAAAUGGCUCGACGCCACUGGAUCUGUUCAAGUUCUACGUAGAAAAUCUGAAGGCACGUUUUCACGACGAAAAGAAAAUUAUACGCGAGAUUCUCAAAGAGAAGCAGUUUGUGGUUCAGGCCAAAACUUCCUUCGAGGACUUUGCGACGGUUGUGUGUGAAGAUAAACGCUCUGCUAGCCUGGAUGCGGGCAACGUAAAGCUGACGUACAAUUCAUUGCUGGAGAAGGCGGAAGCCAUUGAGAAGGAGCGCAUGAAAGAGGAGGUGCGACGACUGCGCAAACUAGAAAAUGAAAUCAAAAACGAAUGGCUUGAGGCGAACGUUUCCGUCAGCGAACCUUACGAGAGCGCCAAAAAACUGGUGGAACACUUGGAGGCAUUCGCAUUAUAUGAAAAAGAAAUCGGCGUCGAGAAGAUCUGGGAAGACUUUAUAAAGGAGAGUGAGGAUGCUUGUAGCCAUCACCACUCGCGGUCGCGUAAAUCCAAAAAGAAUAAAAAACAUAAAAAGCGUCUUCGCUCCUGCUCCAGAUCAGACAUUGAAAAUGAGCUUGUAGAAGUUGAAAAAGCAAAACGUCGCCGUUCCAAAUCACGAUCGCAAUCAUUGAGCUCUAUUGGCAGCAUUGAAAGCGAAAAACUGCUCAAGAAGAAAAAGAAACGCAAAAAUAAAUUACGUUCCCCACGUGCUUCCUCCUGUGAAUCGGAACUUGGAAAUAAUACGCCCAGCGCUGCACUCCUGCAAACUGAUUCCAACUCCCACUCACCAGCCAAAAAGAAGAAAAAGGAGAAGCGUGCAAAGAAGGAUAAAGAAGGCAAACGGCAUCGGCACAAUCGGUCAACUACGCCGCUCAGUCCCACUCAAUCGCUAGAAUCGCCCGUUUCGCGAAAUGAGGAGCUGGCUCUAAGCGACGCUGAGCUCGAAUCGAAACGGGCCGCGCUUUUGGCGCAGCUUAACGAACAACUGGAUGAAUGACAAGCAAGCGCAAAAUCGCAGCAGUUAGCAUUAGUCAGCUGUAGUCAAUAUCGUAAGCAAGCAGUAUCCUCUAGUAUUCGUCAAUCAGACAGCAUCAGCAGCAGAGCCGUCACCCACAAACACUGGCAAACAAAGUAAGCGGUAUUCCAUGAUUACUUGGUUUGCUUUCCAAGCACAUUUUUAGCGAAGUAGAACCUGAUCAGGGGAACUAUGUGAAUUAUUACCGCAUGUUUUUGUUUAUUUAAGUCCCAUGUCUGUUUUAACGUUUUAUUAGUAGGCGCACUUCAACUGUUUUGGACUACAGCACUGAGAAAACCUUGCACACACACAAAACAAAUACGCCCAACACCAUACAGCAAGAACUGUAAGUUUUAAAUGAGCUAAGUUUAUAUGUAACAUUUUUAAGAUUAUCAGCUAACAACUAAAUAAUGGUAAAGACUUUGCGUCUAUGAAAAAUUUCGUUGUAUUUUUUAUGGUGAAUCUUCAUAUUUAAAGGAAUGAGACAUUACAAUCAUCUAGUAGCUUGAAUAUAUUUGC